AUGGGAUUCUACCCCAAAAAGAGAUCCCAGAAACACCGUGGAAAAGUAAAGGCUUUUCCAAAAGAUGAUCCUUCAAAACCUGUUCACUUAACGGCCUUUAUAGGUUACAAAGCUGGUAUGACCCACGUGGUAAGAGAGGCAGACAGAUCUGGAUCAAAGAUCAAUAAAAAAGAAAUUGUAGAGGCUGGAACAAUUUUGGAAACACCACUCAUGGAAACGGAUCCUCCUCAGGAUUUCUCUUAUGAGGAUAAUUCCUCAUUGAGCGAUUGA